CUCAAAAUUUGAAAUCUAGAUUUUUUAAAACACACAAGACAGUGAAAAAAAAUACGAAAUACGCCGGAAAUAUAAAGUUGAAAAAGUCAAGCAAAAUGAAGAAUUUGUAAGAGAAACAAAGAAUUUGUGUUGGCUGAUAGUAGAUUAGCUGGCAAUGGUUCGACGACUUCUUUUCGCUUUUCUAUUCAUUUGCCUCCUAUUAGCAAUAUGCCAGGGUUACAGUAUAAAACGAAGUUCAGGCGGCAACAAAAAAGCUCAAAAAAACAAACAGAAAAUCGACUUAAAAGUCGGUGAUCAGGAAAGAGUUACAAACUUGACGAAUAAGCAAGCAAAAAAGGUAGCUGAUAAAGAACCAACCACUGAUGUUAUCCCACAAAAAGCCGAAAACGGUGAAACAGACGACAAUCAAACGCAUUCAAAAGCUCUUGAAUCAGGAGAGACACCUAAAUAUCCUCUUAACGCUGUAUCUGCUGAGGUAUCUGCCCAUAGCAAUGAAAUUGGAGGAUGUCGUGACCAUCCAGCUGCAAAAAAUGUGUGCAGCCGCUGUGGUAAUAAAUGCUUCGCUGCUGAGCGUGAAACUUAUACGUAUUCAUACUGUCGAAGAUCUUGUAAACAUUGUGAUGCGGGCACUACUGCCUUCCACAGAUUUUGGCGUCUUCGUGCAGUCAGCGAAUUUGAGCCAACGUGGAUGCUAAAAGAACUGGAAUUCUAUCCUAACCCAGAGGAAAAUAUGACAUUGGUAGAUGAUCCACAACGCGCAUUUGCGAGUACCACUUACACUGGAUACAACGCUUCUUACGCUUUUGAUAAGAACAUGGAUACAGCUUGGUAUCCAAGUGGCUGGGGUGUCCAUGACAACAAUGAUGAUUGGAUUGCUUACGAAUUUUCAAUUGCUGUUCGUAUCCACGCAGUUAAAAUGGUGAUAGAUGAAAGUCAUCGUACAGCUACACCACAGAAGAUUUACGUUGAAGCUUCUGAAAAAAAGUUUGGUCCAUAUGUUAAGAAAUGGACCAUUCAUAAUCCUACUUAUGAUGUCAACAGAAUGUAUCGCUUUUUAGAAUGUCCAGUGUUGUGGCGGCGUUAUGACUAUGACACCGGCGCAUGGUGCUUCCGUUUAAUGGCAAAAUUUGUGGCAUGGGAGAAUGCUAAAAAAGAAUGUGAAAUUGAAGGUGGUCAGCUAGCUACAGUUCUUAAUAAAGAAGAAAAACGUUUCAUCGUUGAUGAAAUUCAACCUUGCGGAAACACGUGGAUCGGUUUAAGUCAUGUAAAUCAAGCUUAUUUUUGGAACGACGGAACAAACGCAACUUUUCGAAGUUGGAAAAGCGGAGUAACGUAUAGCGAUGUGCAAAAAGCAAAUUUGAAUUGCGUUGCCAUGGAUACUUCAGGAGAAUGGGAAAACUUUCACUGCUCGAAUAAAUUUUACUUUUUGUGCAAACGAAAGCUUGUUGACCGCUCGCCUCCAGAUACAAACAACGUGCCAAAGCCAUGGCCGUACGAAGCUGAAAUCCCACCUGUUAUUUUCCUGGCACCAAAUUUUACUGUUCCAGUUAUAAAUAGUCGAAAUCUUGAGCCAGGUCAAUUUCCUGAUGCUAAUGGCAAUGUUGAGGAAACCGAAGAAGAAGAAAAAUCAAUUAAAGAUUUGUUCUAUGAACAAACUGUGGAACAUUUGAAAGAAAAAGGUCUGAAACCAUCCGAAGAUAUUGAAAAUGAUGAAGACGAAGAUGAAACCAAUUACACUGAAGAACUGAACAAAAUAGCAAUGGAAACAAAAAGUGACGGUUAUAAAAACGAAACGGACGCAGAUAAGAACAAACCCUCUUCGGUACAAGCACAUAAGGGAGAAGAAAAAUUGAGAAAAGAAGAAGAAAACGACCCAGAAACAGAACAAAGCACUGGUAACCAACCCGUUGAUAACAAAGCAGACAACGAAGGAAGUCCUGUCCCUGGUCCACCAAACAGGCAACCAACUGGUGAGGAACCAAAGAAUACCGAAAGCUUGCCAAAGAUUGUAAAUGGAAAACCUGUAAAUGAUAACUCGUCAAAUAGCAAUCAAAAUAACCAGACAGAUUCAGGUUCAUCUUCAGGUUCAUCUUCAGGAACAAUUAACCAGUCGGGUCAAUCAGGGGCAAGCGAAUCUGGAGAAAGCUCCAACGUAACUAAUUUAGGUACCGCAUCUCAACAAAAUAAUCCUGAAAACCAAAACAGUAAUCAGAAUAACAAUGUACAGAAUGGAGGACAAAGCAAUAACAAUCAAGACAAUAACGGACAACAAAAACCUGCCAACGCACCACAGCCUCAACAAACAAAUAACAACAACCAGCUUUCUGACAGCAAUUCGCAACAGGCAAAUAACAACAACCAACAAUCUAACAAUAGUGGGCAACAGUCUAGUAGCAAUAAUCAACAGUCUGGAAACAGUGGGCAACAAUCGGGUAAUAAUGGGCAGCAGUCUACCCAAAACGGACAACAGUCAAGUACGAAUAAUCAGCAAUCCAAUAACAAUGGACAGCAGUCAAACAACAGUGGACAACAGCCAACGCCAAAUUCAUCGCAAGGUAGUUCAACAACACAAAGUAAUUCACAGUCGCAAGGAGGAUUAAAUUCAAACAAUGGCCCGUCUGUAAUGGGAGGAAAACCACCCUCGAAAGUUCCCGAACCACCUCCAACUAAGGAAGGAGAUAAGGAUGAUGAGAAGCAAGACUCUGUAGGAGAACAGUCGGAUGAGAAGCCUGCCGAUGACUCAGAGUCGGAUGAUGGAGAAGAAAAGAGUGACGAUAAAGAAAACACAGAUGAUGACAGCGGUAGUGAUAGUGACAGUGAUGAUAAUAAUGAUGAUGGUAGCAACAAAGAUGAAUCGGAAAGUAUUCCAGAAAAACCUAACCAAGCUAAACCAACUCAGGGUAAGAAAAUAUUGGAAGAAAAGGAUGUAACAAAUGGAGGGAUAAAAAACAAGAAUAAUGGUAACCAGAAAAAUCAUGUUCAGAAAAGAAAAUUUGCCGCUAAAAAAGCCAAAUCAACAUCAAGGCAAGUACAGAAGAAAUCUAAAACUAACAAAGCUAAAAAACAUCAUGUAAAAGUUACACCAACAAAGAGAACAAAAGUUGAAAAAGUAGAAGUUGACAGUGGUUCGGGAUCUGGUGACCAGGGUGAUGAAGUAGAAUUAGAUAAUAUUUUGGAUUCAAUCACCAAUGACUUAUGGUGAGAAAAUGUAAAAAGGACAGUAUGAAAAACUAAUCGAAAAGAGAAAAAAUGCCAUCAACAUAGAAAUAUACAUUAAUUGCUCUUAUACGAUUUAUCUUCUUUUAAAUUAAACGAUAUCUCUCAGAAAAAUUUAUUAAAUGAUUUAAAAGAAUUUAAAGUAUUUUUAAAAUGAAAUCUAAAUUUUAUGCACACUAUACUACAUCUUAAAUUGGGAUAAUUAGCUUUUUAUGUUGGAUGACGACUUCAAGUGAACGCUGUCCUGUUUACAGCGUUGAUUUUUGGCGUUAUUGAUUGAUUUUUCGCAGUUAAAUUCUCUGAAGUAUUAACGCCCAUCAUAGCGCCACAUAAAAAUUAACUCAAAGCCAAUCUGAUAAGGGCGUACAAUCAUCAAUUACAAUUAAUUCGAUUAUAAUUUUUGGUGACAACCCCGGUACCAAUCUUUUUAUUUUCUCAAAUGUUGUAUUGUUACGACUUCCAGAAUUUUUCACAUAUUGAUAUAUUUAGAGAGGAUAUUUAUUUAUUUUAUAUUUUUAAUUGGAAAAAAUAAAUUAUAGAGAA